AUGUCCCUCGACGUCAUCGAUCGGAACGCGACGAAAGAUGCCUCGACGACGCGUUUUCUGGAACAAAGGUUAAAACUUGAGGACGACGCUCGCGCCUUCGCGCGCGAUCACAGGGGCGCGCGACCGCGAUUAUUCACCGGUCUGUGCGCGGAUGUCCCCGCGGUACGAUCGUGGAUGGACGUCGAGGCGUUCGAGCGCGCGGGUGCGGGGUCGAGGACGUGCACUUUGUCGUCGCGCGCCGCGGAUGGGAGAGCGUUCAUAAAAGCGGACUGCGAGAAGGAUGAGAGCGGAACAUUCGAGGAAGCGUGCGAAAAGGUGUUCGUGAGACGAGAGCGCGUGUACGCUCGAGCAGAGCUCGUGGCGUCAAUGGCAAGCGCGAGCGGGGUCGAGCGCGUGAGUGAGAUUUUUGGAGAGGAGGCAAAGCUGAGGAACUGCGGUGUGUGGUUUGGUGCGGCGGGAAACGUUACACCGUUGCAUUACGAUCUGUGUCACGGGUUUCUGGUGCAAGUGAGGGGCGUUAAGACGUUCACAGUUUAUCAUCCAGACGAUUGGCGCGCGAUGGCACCUCGUAAGAAUCGUCCAGAGUUGUCGCGCAUAAAUCUUGAUAAAUACCUGAACGGCGACGCGGAGGAGCGAGAGAAGUAUCCGCGUUUCGCCGCCGUCGCUCCCGUCGGAACGUUCACACUAAACCCUGGAGACGUGCUCUAUACACCGCCGUUCUUCUGGCAUCACGUGCGAACGCACGACGAGGAACCGGCGAUUAGUGUGUUGGUGCCGUUUGAUCCCUCUCCGGAUGAACCGAUUCACGUCUGUCAUUUGUAUGGAUGA